AUGGGUUACCAAACAUUGGAAAUACUUCGCCAAGGUGUUUGGGCAUCCUUUACUGGGGGUUGGUUUUAUGAUCCCCGUCAAGAUCACUUUUGCAAUAUAGCUCAUUUGUAUAUAUGGCUGCUACUAUUAUGUCUGCCUUUUGGGCUGUAUAUGUGCUGCAUGCCAUCUUUGAUCAUGUGGGCCAUAUACUGUGUUAUUAUUGGAGUAGUGUUUACUACACUAAAAAUCGUGAACGUACAGAUGCAUAAAAUGUUUGAUAUUGGAGUCUAUUGGGAAGAAUCCAGUGACGAGUCUGGUAAAUCAGAUGACAUUGAAGGAGAUGCUAUUAUUUUACCGGAAAAGGCACCUAAAAAGGAAACUGAACAAAUUGAGAUGACUGUCUUGAAUUCCCGUCGUGAUGGGGAAACUCCGCCUGUUCAAUGCAGCUCUCGCAAUUCAUAUGUUGAAGGUCCAAUCAAAAGCAACAUUUCUUCUCACGUUGAUUCAAUGGAACUACUUAAUCGACUGAUGAAUUCACAGUUUGAUCCGAAACCUUGCGGUAGUACUAUUGAUCUUGAAGUUGAUGUCCAUCAUCGAGAAAGUUCAGGAAGCUCUGGUGCUGCUUCAGUCAAACAAAGCGUAUCUGAACAAGCUCAACAAGAUAAAGAAAACAAUGAUGGACUUGCAUCUGAUCUUGUUGCUGAAGUAAUGCAGCAAGUGGCUGCAUCAGAAGUGAGAUGUUGGAAUGCAGAAAUGGCCAAAAAUAAUAUGCAAGAGAUGACAACCCUAAUGUCUGCACUUUCCAAUAACAACUGUCAGGAUCAAAUAGGACUUGCCCAAGAGACAGCAGUUUCUUCUAGUUCCGUAUAUAUUCUUUCAGAUUCUCAUCACACUAGUUAUCUUCCAAGUGCUUUGAGUCUUUCCUCUAGUUCCAGUUCAGAAGCAUUGCUCAAGGGUACCAGCUCUGUUGAGUUGGGUUUCAUGUCACAAGAUCCCAGCAUCCGUGCUGCUGAAAUUGCCAGAAGCCGCAACCGGAGCCAAGCUCGCAUGGAGAGGGACAAACGUGUGGUUAGAAGAGCUCACAGUGAGCUCGAAACAUGUCCAGAAAAACCGUCUCCCAGUGUCCCCCCUUCGCACCCAGUCAGUCUCGAAAUGAUUGGCCGGAGCAGCAGCAGUGGGAGUGGCAUCGGUGCCAGACCUGUGAUGCCUUUGAGAAGUGUCGAGUUUUUGCGACCUAGCUUUAGUGAAGCGAUAAAACCCAUUGUGGAACUGAGUGACGAACAUCAAGCUUGUUGUGCGGACAAUAAUCGAACUACUAAUUCUUCUGCAUCUGCCAUCCCGACAUUUGAAUCCAGUUGCACGCAAGAUGAAGAAAGCACAUCCGCAUCGAACUGCUCGCUGGUGAGGCAUCGUUCUCUAGAAACGGCAGGAUCCGUCAAGCACAUGAGAAGGUUCUCGGCGCGUAGUAGCCGAUCUUUAGGAAUUUCUGAAGAACUGUGCCGUGCAAGACAACCUGCGUGCCAGAAAAGUUCUAAUUGUGUAAAUAGUCCUUCUGGAGAACAGCAGUGUGUUCCAACUGUUACAGAAACUGACAAAAUGAAACACAGCAAAGAGAAGUCUGCUGUGAACUUCAUCAUACCAGUUCAGGAUGAUAAAUCAAAUAAAGUCGACGGUUCUGUUCCGAAGCCAGGACAUUGUGGAAGUGGAGCUUCUUCUGUUUCUAGUGAAACUCUUUCCAUAUCUUUGCCCGAUAGCAAUGAUAGUCAUUACACUCUUGUGUAUAAACCAGCUUGUUGCUAUGAACGAGCUCAGAAUCCUUAUUCUUGGAAUGACUCAAAGAACUGCCCUUCUCCUGCUCCAUCAGAGAGCAGUAGCAUUGCAGGCUUUGAUUGGCUGUUUAAUUCUUCUGCAAAUCUAGCUUUGUCAAACUUAUGUUCUAACAAAGAUGAUGACAAUGUAGAAAACAUCAGCCCAGACAGUCAAUAUUCCAAAAGCAAUUUUGACGGCCAAUCAGACAGCACGGUCUCUUCUCCCGAUGAAACUACACCUUUAGAGUCUAGCUCUAACCAACGAUCUCAAGGUGCUAUUCCUAAAUAUCGCAGAAGUGACGGCUCCAUGAAGGAAAAAAAUGGUAAGCAACCCUUACAAGGUCCCAUAUCUCCCUCCGAAAGAGGCUUGCUUAGGCGGCGUCUGCUUGAAAUUCUCAGUAAAACAGAUCCUUUUGAAUGUGAAUACGAACUUCGGCAAUUAAAAAGGGAGUUGGACAUGAAAAGAAAAAUGCCAUCUGAUGGAAAUGUACAAACUAGUGAAAGUAGCCCGACCAAAGAAAUUCCUGUUCCAAAGCGUCCUAAACUUUUAGCUCGCAGACGGAGAACCCCUGAAGGUGUUCCAGAAAUGGAUUCUCUUUUGCCAGGAACUACAGAUGAUGGAGAAGACAGUAGUAGCACGAGCUGGAUGUCUCCAAAAAAGCAGUCCACCCAAGGUCCUCCUGCCUACUUAUUGGCAAACCUGCUAUCAACUCCAGGCACUCAUCUUGCAAAUUCUCAUAAUGACACGUCACCUGGAGCCAUUCAUUGCUUUCAAGAUGAGCAUGGCAAUUGGUUGACAUAUACAUUUGAUGAAAACAGCACUGGAAUUGCAAGAGGCCUUAGCACUGCCGCUGAUGUAAAAUUGCUGGAAUUCAUGAUGGAUUCAACAAAGUGGGAAACUGUCUCUCAUUCGUCUUCUAGUUCUCAUUCCACAGUCAUUUUGGACAGUCCUACAGCAGUCCUGCAUGGAAACAAAGCAUCCAACCUUCUGUUUCCAAGUCUUGAGUAUGAACAGAACUCUUCUGAUGUCAUGACUUCUGUCCGCUCACUAGCUUCAAGCGGCCGAAGGUCCAAUACCCAUCGUGCACCAUACUUCGACAACCGUUACACUUCCACUGGUGGGAUACCUACGAACUUAUCAAACUUAUCACAAGUGGCAAGCUCACAAGCAGGAACUGACACAGAUAUUGCUUGUGGUCGAAUUCGCUUUCAGGACAUGAGCCGCAUUCGAGCCCCUAAACCAAAGCAUUACUACCGAUAUUGGGUUCUUCCUUUUAAAUAUAUUAAAAUUCGCUUCGAUAGGCUGGCACUGUUAGCCCUGCUGGACAGGAACCUAACAGUGACAGAAAAUGUUAUAUCUGUGCUGUUGGCAGUGCUGGUUGCUGCCCUUGGUGCUCUCAGCCUCUCAAGAAAUUUAUUUGAAGAUAUGUGGAGUUUUGUAUUUUGUUUCAUUAUUGCAAGCUGCCAGUACACGUUGCUCAAGAGUGUUCAGCCUGAUGCUGCAUCACCUACUCAUGGCUACAAUAAGGUUAUCUUGUACAGUCGUCCAGUGUACUUCUGCCUUUGUUGUUUCCUGAUCAAUGCAUUUCAGACAAGCAUUGAUUACAGGCUGAGUUUGCCACCUGUAACCCUGUAUGGGAUUGUUUUACUGUCAAGUGAUCUCAUUAUAAAAGCCAAAGAUAUUGCUAUUGUUUUUGUGUUAUUUUUUCCUGUGAUCUUCAGCUUGGGUUUGUUACCUCAAGUUAAUACAUUCCUUAUGUACUUGAUUGAACAGAUUGAUAUUCACAUAUUUGGAGGAACAGCAAGUACAAGUUUAGUAUCAGCAUUUUAUUGCUUAGUCCGAAGUUUAGUUUCAGUUGCAGUAUUAUAUGGACUUACUUAUUUUGCCCUUAAGGAACCUCAUAAUCCAUCUCAAAACAUAAUGUUUUCUAUAUACUGUGGGUUUUUAGUCUCUAUGUGCUAUCAUUUAAGCCGAAAUGCAAGCGACCCUACAGUGUUAUGGUCUUUGAUAAAGAGGCAUUUGUGGUCAGAAGAUACACAAAAGAAAGGCAAAGAAGAUGAUGGUACAGAAUUAGUAGAUCCUUUACCAUUAAAGCUACAAAACACAGUGCUGACGAGGCUACGUUCCGAUGCCAUUCUGUGUGUUUUUAUUGCCAUAUUUGUGUUUGCUAUACAUGUGAGCACUGUUUUUUCUGUCCUUCAGCCUUAUUUACAUUCUACUAUUCAAAUUGCUUGCACAGUGUGGGGUUUUUUAUUACACUACAUUAUACCUCAAAUGAAAAAGCAGUUACCUUGGUUAUGUUGUGCACAUCCUGUUUUCAAAGCUCAUGAAUAUGAACAGUUUGAAGUUAGAGAAGCUGCCAAGGUGAUGUGGUUUGAAAAAAUUCAAGUUUGGAUGUGGUUUGUGGAGAAAAAUGCACUCUACCCUCUGCUUUUUCUCAGUGCCUUGACAAUAGAUGCUUUCGACAUUGUUGGAAAUUUUGGAUUGUUUGUGGGCUCCUUAGUUGUGGUAGUGUGCAGUUUCAAGUGCCUGCGCAGUGCCUUUUGUGAUUCUUCUCAUCAUUAUCUUGUCCUCAUUUUCAUGAACUUAUUCUUCAACUUUGAUUUUCGGGGAUUCAAAGAGCCAUUCUUAAUAAAUUUUUUUGUUUUUUCCAUCGUUUUCAGCAAACUGUAUGAGUUUCUGUUAAAAGUGAGAUUCAUCAUAAUAUAUAUUGCUCCAUGGCAAAUAACUUGGGGUUCAGCUUUUCAUGCUUUUGCUCAGCCAUUCAGUGUGCCUCAUUCUGCCAUGUUGUUUGUCCAAGCUGCAAUAUCAGCCAUAUUAUCAACACCUCUAAGUCCCAUCUUGGGUAGUGCCAUCUUUUUCACUUCUUACGUUCGUCCAGUGAAGUUUUGGGAAAGAGAUUACAACACAAAGCGUGUUGAUCAUUCAAAUACAAGGCUAUCUUCUCAGUUGGAAUGCAACCCAGGGGCUGAUGACAACAAUCUGAAUUCCAUCUUUUAUGAACAUUUGACACGCUCUCUGCAACACUCACUGUACGGAGAUGUUAUCCUUGGAAGGUGGGGUGCAGUGGAACAAGGAGACUGCUUUGUUUUGGCUUCAGAUAAUCUGAACUGCCUGGUGCAUGUAAUCGAGCUGGGAAAUGGACUUGUCACAUUUCAAGUAAGGGGGUUAGAAUUUCGAGGCACAUAUUGCCAGCAACGAGAAGUUGAAGCAAUUAAUGAAGGAGUUGAUGAAGAUGAAGGUUGCUGCUGUUGUGAACCUGGUCAUCUUCCACAUUUGCUUUCUGUGAAUGCUGCUUUCAAUCAACGAUGGCUUGCAUGGGAGGUUACAGCUUCGAAAUAUGUCAUUGAGGGUUACAGUAUCUCUGACAACAGUGCGGUGUCAAUGUUGCAAGUUUAUGAUCUUAGAAAAGCUCUCAUCACAUAUUAUGUAAAGAGUAUAGUGUAUUACACAGUCAACAAUUCCAAGCUUGAAGAAUGGCUUCACUCUGAGCAUAUCCAAGAAGCUUUGAGGUCAACUCUAGACAAAAAUUAUGCAGAUUUGGACCCAGUGUUUAACAUGACAGUUGAUGAAGACUAUGACUUCAGGGCCUCUGGUGUCUCCAGGAAUAGCUUCUGUAAUGUGUAUCUCGAUUGGAUUCAAUUCUGCAUUUCAAAAAAUAAAUUUUCUAUAAAUAGUUCUAAAGAUUCACCUCUGGUGUCACUUUGCUUCGGUUUAAGUCUAUUGGCACGACGAGUACUUGGAACUGCUUCUCAUAACUCAUUUGCCAGUGUGGAUUUUCUUUUAUACGGCUUACACGCCUUAUUCAAGGGGGAUUUCAGAAUCACAUCAGUGAGAGACGAGUGGGUGUUUCAGGACAUGGAUCUCCUACGUAGGGUCAUUGCUCCUAGUGUGCGUAUGGCACUCAAACUUCACCAGGACCAUUUCAUGUCGGCAGAUGAGUAUGAAGAGCAUGCCACAUUGUAUGAUGCUAUUAGUACUUAUGAGAAAACAAUGGUCAUAACCCAUGAAGCUGAUCCAGCUUGGAGAAAUGCAGUUCUAUCUAGUGUUCCUUCUUUGCUAGCUUUAAGGCAUAUUUUUGAAGAUGGUUGUGAUGAAUACAAAAUCAUUAUGUUAAACAAAAGAUUUUUAAGCUUCCGUGUGAUCAAGAUAAAUCGUGAGUGUGUUCGUGGCCUAUGGGCUGGACAGCAACAAGAGCUUGUUUAUUUGAGGAAUCGUAAUCCAGAGCGAGGCAGCAUCCAAAAUGCCAAGCAAGCUCUGAGAAACAUCAUCAACUCAUCAUGUGAUCAACCUAUUGGAUAUCCUAUUUAUGUAUCUCCUCUCACUACCUCUUAUGCAGAAACUAGUGACUUACUGAGCAGUAUCAUUGGUGGACCCAUCAGCAUUAGUUUGUUUAAAAAAGUUAUCAUACAUUUUUGGAACAGGUUACGUACCAGAUGCGGAGAAGGUUGUUCCAGUGGUGGAACGGCUCGCUGUAGUGAUGAUGGAUUUAUACGAGAUUCUGGGACUGUGGGUACAGCCUCUGUCAUUGACAAUGGACCUCCUAGGGGAAGGGGAAGCCAUUCGAGUGGCCAAAGUGGUUCCCGAUCCGGCAGUCAUUCCGGCGAUGCCGCCAGCGACACCGCGAGAAGUGCCGGUCGCACCAGUGCAACCAGCAGCAUAGGCAGAGGUAGCACAGUGGGCAGCCUCGGCAGAAACAGUGCUUCCUUCACCAGGACUAGUUCCGGCAAUGUUGCCGCGGCAGGCGUGGGGAAAGCACCUUCCACCACGCUCGUCAACCUGACUGCAUUUCGUCCCUACAACGGAGACCUGUGUGACUUUGGCGGCAGCAACGGCGUCAAUGCGCCCACCAGUGCCGGCAGUGUGGAAGAUAAUCAGACUGUGACGAUUUUCAACCACUACACCGGUCGAACAGAACACGUGCACGUUUGAUGACGAGCACGCCGUAUCGAUAGCGAUUGGGAGCUCCAUGACUUAGGUGCCUUGUCCUCCGAGUUGCGGACAUUCAAGAUUCAUGACGCAUCAAGAGACAUGAAGACAUUUUGUAAUUAUUUGUACAGUUCAGAUGGGGUAUAUUAGUUGUGCGUAGAUGUGUGUCGUUUGUCGGAAAACUUCCAUUUAUGGUACGAAUGGGAUACGUCCUCAAGCGUGCAACGUGGCAAAUACUAGUCACCGUCAAAAUUUCUUCUGUCUUAUAAUCUCUUUGUUAAACUGGUGGUAUUACCUUCUAAUGAGCUUAGCACAUUUCUGAGGUUCCUUAUUAGAUGCCAAGACACUUUUAACACUACAGUCAUUCCCAUUAAAAUGUCUUAAGAAUAAGAAAUUUGAUUAGUCAAUUAAAAAGCAUUAGGAAAAUAAAUUAAUAGAAAUUGAAAUAUAUAGAGUUAUAUAAAACAUGUAGUGAUUUUUAUAGCAGCAAGCGUAAAUUAAAAUAUUCAUGUGAAAAGAACAAAUUUUAUUUCUUUUAUUCAGUAUAAGCCAAUGUUUAAGUUUUAUUUCAGUGUCACAUGCCAUUUAUUCUAUGCUGUUGGGAGGAGUGGA